AUGAAGUCCCAAACCAGCCGUCGUCUCUGUCAAUUCGGGGUGAAGCCCCAAGCGCCGUGGAACAGUGACGAGAAGGACGACUGCACGGACGAGACGAGCCAGAUGGUCGGCUCCAGCUUGGACUUGUCAGUUCGUGCCAGCCCGCUGGACCGGGACACAAGAGGCGGCCAACACAACAAAGCACAGCACACAGAGAUGCGCGAGCUCCGUACACAUGCCCGACACGGCGGCGGCGCCCUGGCUCCCGUGGGCGUGCAGAAGCAUCCACACCAAACCCAGCAGACGGGCCACGACACCCACACACUCCACCCCGAUCACGACAGCUCACACGCAGCCCCCAACGGCAAGGCGCAGGGCAAAGCAGAGAGACGCAGGCAGGAGGGCUCGAGCAGACGAUUGCACCACGCGCGAGUGCGUUCCCUGUAA